UCCAUCCCUGCUUGUAGCUUCAAGCCUCCAAACCCUCCAUCCCAAUCUCUUCUUACUGUCUCUUCUAACCCAAGCCAAAAGAAUAAAAAAAUGGCCAAGAUCACUGCCCUGUUCUUCACUGCUCUGCUUCUUUCUUCUAUGCUUGCCCACGCCACUCGCCCUGUCCCAGGUUUUAACGAGGAACUUUCAGCAACGACGCAACAUUUGGGUGCGGACGCAGGGCAUGAUGAUGCUGUAGUGGACUCUUGUGAAGGCGUUUCAGAGGAUGAAUGCUUGAUGAGAAGGACACUCGCCGCUCACCUUGACUACAUCUACACCCAGAAGCACAAGCCUUGAAUUUCUCUAAUACUAUGAGUAGAAGCAUAUGCCAAAACAAGAUUCGUAAUUACAUACGUUAAAUGCUUGUUUCCUCCGGACUUUGACCCCAAGCUUUUAGUUCCCCCCCGUCAUAUUACGAAACUCUCAUCUCUGUAUUUACUAUUUAGUAUAAAGUAUUGUAAUGAAGCUGACAAUAUAAGCUCAUAUGUGUCUGCAUAUAUCUUACUUUGUAUGGGACUGUAGUUAUAUUUACAAAUAAAGACGGCUCUUGCCAUAA